AUGCAAGGCAAGAAGAAGAACUUUUUGAAAAUUGUUAUCUUAGGAGACAGUGGAGUUGGAAAGACCACACUUCUCUAGCAAUACGUGAAUAAAAAGGUUAAUGCUCACUCAAAGCCUACUAUUGGAGCUGACUUCUCAAAGAAAGAGAUCACCAUUGAUAACACAAUUGUUACUCUCUAAAUUUGGGAUACUGCGGGUUAGGAGAAAUUCUAGUCACUCGGCUACGCUUUUUAUAGAGGAGCUGAUUGCUGCGCUCUCGUCUAUGACAUCACAAAUCUAAAGAGUUUCGAGGAUUUGACUAGAUGGCGUGAUGGUUUCAUUGAGCAUGCUGCUCCAACUGAUCCCAACAAGUUCCCAUUUGUCCUAAUCGGAAAUAAAGUGGAUAAGGAGCCCGAGAGAAAGGUCAAGUCAACUGAUGCAUAAGCUUGGUGCAAGGAGAACGGAGGAAUGCCUUAUUAUGAAACCUCAGCUAAGGAGAAUGUUGCAGUCGAAGAUGCUUUUAUUGAGAUGGCAAAGAUGGCUAUUAAAAGAGAGAGCGAAAAUCAAAUAUUUUCACUCCCAGACUCUAUUGGAGGUGCAGGUGGCGCUAUUAAAAUGAGUUUGAAAGAUGAUCAAAGAAGAAAUAAGACCUAAGUUCAGAAGAAAAUGUGUGACUGUUGA